AUGGCGAGUUACAGCCGGGCGGCCCAGCAAUGGGCUACUUUUGCCAGAGCCUGGUACCUCCUCGAUGCGAAGAUGCAGCCCCCAGGAAAAAUAGCGGCUGCCACUGUAAUCAGACUCGAAGGCAGACAUAAACCAAUAUAUCAUGCACUAAAUGACUGUGGAGAUCAUGUUGUCAUAAUAAAUACAAGACAUAUUGCCUUCUCUGGUAACAAAUGGGAACAGAAAGUAUAUUCUUCACAUACUGGUUAUCCUGGUGGUUUUAAACAAGUGACAGCUACUCAGCUUCAUUUGAAGGAUCCAACUGCUAUUGUUAAACUCGCUGUUUAUAGAAUGCUUCCAAAAAACCUUCAGAGAAGAACUCUGAUGCAGAGGCUACACCUGUUCCCUGAAGAUGUUAUUCCAGAAGAUAUAGAGAAGAACAUUCUACAGGAGAUUCCUCAGCCACGUGCAGUCCCCAAGAGGUUAGAUGAGUAUACACCAGAAGAAAUUGCUGCCUUUCCGAAGGUUUGGACUCCACCUAAAGAUUUUCGAAGGAAGUAAUAACAAGAAAAGAAGAAGUGUCAUCAGGAGUGUCUCUCCUCCUUCAAAGAAAAUUCUUCUAAUAUGGCAGCAUCUGUGUAGCUCAGUCAACCCUUCUAAGCUGAACGUUUCUGACAGCUGUUAGCAAACUUGACUUGGCAAGAUUAUAGAAAUUACUGUAUUUGAAAUAGCUAAGAAUAGGUAUUAUCUUGUU